AUGUCUUCAGGCUCUGACUUUUGGGUCGUGGCAGCACCGUCUCCCAAUUUCGAUAAUGUGCCGACCAUCCAAGUUGCUACUCAUGAAGUACCCCUUCCGGCAUACUGGCGCAUUCUAGAUCUUGUGGAGGACGGCAAACGAGAAGAGGAAAUCAUUCAAGUCCUCUUACGCCACGCGGGCGCGAAAACGCGCAGCGUCGUCGCCGAGAUCGUCGGCAGUGUCGUGGAAAACCAACGCCUGAUAACAUGGCCGCCCAAGACAUCAGGGAGACUGAGCGUUGCGUUCAAGAAGCCCAAGAAAAUAAGUGACUACCGAGCGUCUCGGAUCGAAGCAAGGCGAGAACUUCAAGACGCCGAAGAGAAACUGGACACCGCCAAGCAAAAAGAAAAGAGAAUUCUCAACGAAGCCCUCAUUCUAGCUCAACGCAAGGAAGAGUUGAAGGACAUGAAGAUGACCGCAGAUGAACGACGGAGGACCACAAGUGCAAUCGAACACCAAAUGAGGCAAGUGCUACAGAAACAUCAUGACAUCGAGGCCGAGGUUAAAUUUGCUAAACGACUCACUCUCAUUCACAAAGCUUCCCUGGCUUGA